AUGGGUUUCAGUUCCUCUGCCACUGCGAAGAAGCACCAUGCCGUGUGCAUACCAUUCCCAACACAGGGCCACAUCACCCCCAUGAUGAUGUUGGCUAAGAUCCUCCACUCCCGGGGAUUCCACAUUACAUUCGUCAACACUGAGUACAACCACCGCCGCCUCCUCAAGUCCCGCGGCCCGUCCGCCCUCCACGGCCACCCCGACUUUCGAUUCGAGACUAUCCCCGACGGUCUCCCCACAUCCGGUAUCGACGGCACCCAGAACGUCCCUUCCCUCUGUGAAUCCAUCAUGAGCAACUGCCUGCUCCCCUUCCGGGAACUACUCGCCGGCUUGAAAUCCUCCGCCGAUGUUCCGCCGGUCACCUGCAUCGUCUCCGACGCCGUGAUGAGCUUCACCCUCGACGCUGCCGAGGAGAUUGGGGCCCCCGAGUUCUUGUUGUGGACGGCGAGCGCCUGCGGUUUCAUGGGUUACCUCCACUACAGAGAACUCAUUGAUAGGGGAAUCACUCCUCUAAAAGGUACCAGGCCAGAUCCCUCUGUCACUUUUAAUAUUGUCCUCAAUAAUUCACAUUUCUCUCUCGCAGAUCCAGCAGACCUUACAAACGGCUACCUCGACACGCCCAUUGACUGGAUACCGGGGAUGCCCAACGUCCGCCUCAGGGAUCUACCAAGCUUUAUCAGGACGACGAACCCGGAUGCGAUUUUGGUCAAGUACGUCAUCCGGGAGAUGGAGAGGGCUUCUAGGGCUUCUGGAAUCAUCCUCAACACAUUCGGAAGCUUGGAAAGCUCAGUUCUUAAAACCAUGGAGCGCAUCCUACCCCCUAUGUACUCCAUCGGACCACUCCCUCUGCUUUCUCAACAACUGACCAAGAGCCCGCUGGUAGCCGUGGCCUCCAAUCUUUGGAAGGAAGACACCAGCUGCCUCGAGUGGCUACAAGGGAGGAAGCCGGGGUCCGUCGUCUACGUCAACUUCGGCAGCACAGCAACGAUAACCAACCGGCAGCUAGUGGAGUUCGCGUGGGGCCUCGCCGCCAGCAACAAGGACUUCCUGUGGAUCAUCCGGCCCGACCUCGUCAAAGGAGACUCCGCGGUGCUCCCGGAGGACUUCCUCAGGGAGACGCAAGACAGGGGGCUGCUAUCGGGCUGGUGCCCGCAAGAGAAGGUGCUAGGACACCCCGCCUUAGGCGGUUUCUUGACCCACAGCGGCUGGAACUCCACCCUGGAGAGCAUCUCCAGCGGCGUGCCAAUGCUGUGCUGGCCAUUCUUCGCCGACCAGCCGACCAACUGCUGUUUCGUGUGCGGGGAGUGGGGCAUCGGCAUGGAGAUCGACGGCGACGUGAGGAGGGAGGAGAUACAGAGCCUCGUUGCGGAGCUGAUGGAUGGGGAGAAAGGUAAUGAGAUGAGGCGACGGGCCAGGGAGUGGAAGGAGCGCGCACUCGAUGCGACGAAACCCAGUGGUACCUCCUCCAUGAAUCUUGACGAGCUGGUGAGAAAGCUGUCAACGGCUGCCACUGGAUUUGCUUGA